AUGUAUGAUGAUAAUAAAAUUGACGAGGACAAUACGAGUGACUUACCCGAUCCUAAUAUGUAUCUACAAAUAUUAAUUAAAACAUCUAAAAUAGAUCAAAAACGUUUUGAAAAUGAAAUUGAUCAUUUACUUGAAUUAUCACGUACCCAUGAUAUGAAAUUGUGUACAAAUAUCAUUUUAGAGGCUUAUAAAUACGAUCAUUUUGAUAUAUUAGAAACAUUAUUAGAGAGAGAAGCAUAUUAUUCGGGUAUUCCAGGUUUAACAGGCUUACAUGCAGCAUCCGGUUAUAGUCUCUCAAAAAUUGUCAAAUAUUUAUUAGAGAAAAAACGCGUUGAUCCAAAUAUUGAAUGUACAUUUGUUAAAAAUGAUCAAUUAGCAGGUAUUACUCCGUUACAUUUUGCAUGUGGGAUUGGUCCAGAAUAUCUUGUACAAGAAACAACAGAAACUGUUCAUUAUUUAUUACAAUUCGGUGCUAAUGUUCAGAAAACAACAUCACGUCUUGAUUCAGCUUUACAUUGGGCAUCCAAAUUCGCAAAUGAAGAUGUUGUACGUUUACUAUUAGACUAUAAAGCCGACGUUAACGCAAUCAAUUGUCUCGAAUAUUCACCAUUAUCAGAAGCAUGUUUUUAUGGAAAUUUUGAUAUAUGCCGUUUAUUAGUCCAAUACGGUGCAAAUGUUAAUGUGAAACAAUGUGACGAUCGUUCUCCCUUACAUCUUGUUGCACGUGGUUUAUUGAGUGAACAUGAUGCAAUACGGACAAAUUACAAUUCUAUAAUUGUUAAAAAAUUAAGUGAUCGUCUAGAAAUUGUUAAAUUUCUUCAUGAAAAUGGUGCAAUAUUAAAUUGUUAUGAUAAAGAUGGUCUUACACCAUUAAUGUAUGCAUGUUCAAGUGGUAAUUAUCCACUUGUACAAUAUCUUGUUAAACAAUGUACAAAUUCAAAUUCAAAUAUGAUUAAUGAACGGUCAAAAACAGGUGAAACAUGUUUAAUGUAUGCAAUAGAAUCGGGCAAUUUAGAUACAAUUCAGUUACUACUAAAUAAUCAUGUCAGUAUUAAUGAUCAACAUGAACCAUCGUAUUUAACAGCGGCAUGUUUUUAUGGUUAUCCAGAUAUUGUCAAAAUAUUUGUCGAUCUCGGAUUAGAUGUAAAUGAAUUUGGUCAAAGUGUUGAUGGUGUUAUUUUUAAUCCAAUUUAUGCUUGUUGCCAUUCAGGCUCAGAUAAAUGUCUAGAAUUAUUAUUAGAUGCUAAUGCUAAAAUUGAUUGGCAAACGAGUCAAGGUACAACUUGUUUACAUGCAGCUUGUUAUUCGGAUAAAGCAUCUAUAAAAUUAGUCCAAUUAUUAUCUGAUUAUGCACAAUCAAAAUCAAUACCGUUUGAUUUAAAUUUAUCAACAGUAUCAGGUGAAACCCCGUUAUUAAUGGCAAUCGAACGAAAUGAUUAUGAUCUAAGUGAAUAUUUAUUGAGCAGAGGAGCUAAUCCAAAUAUGUCAAACAGAGAUGGUUGUUAUCCACUCCAUUUAGCUUGUUAUAACGGUCGACCGGAUAUUGUACUUCUAUUGUUAUCGUAUAAUGCUGAUAUUGAGUAUUCAAAUGCAAAUUAUCCACAUCCAUUAGUUAUUACAACAUAUAAACGUGAUCUAUUAUGUUCAAAAAUUUUAAUUGAAUCAACAAAAUGUUCUGAUCAUUCUGUACAUGAUGCAUUAAUCGAAGCAUUAGAAAAAAGUUUUGAUGAUUUAGUGACUGAAAUAAUUGAUAUUCGACCCUAUUUAAUACCGGAUGAUUUAAAAGAUAAAAUAACGUUAACAUUAACAGAAGAUAAAUUAAAUCGAAUGAAUUUAAAUGAUAAUGAUGACGAUGAUGGUGAUGAUGAUGGUGAUGGUAAUGGUGAUGAUGAUGAUGAUGAUGAUGAUGAUAAUGAUACUGAAGAGCAACAGAAUGAUGUAGAACAAGAAGAUGAAAGUAAAUAUGAACUGUCUACCAAUGAUAUUAGUAACAACAUUAGAAAGCGUCCACAAACAAUGGAUUAA